ACAGGGCAAACCCACCGUCGAGAAUGAGCAAAAAUUGAAUAAACACUCGUCCCUUCACAGUUCACCCCAUCAUCUCUGCCGAUUAAAAGUUGAAACCUUUUUUUUGAACACCCCUUUUCUCUUCACCCUCGAACGUUCCCUCUCUCUCUCUCCACUUUCCUAGGGUUCCAAAUCCUUCGCUUUAAUGUCCUCCUUCCAAUAAAAACCCUAAAUCUACAAUUUUUUUAUUAAUCGACUGAUUUUUCCGGUCAACUCAAUGGAUUCUUCAACCACCACCACCUCCGGCGCCGGAGAAACCAGCAAUGGCGUCGGUAGUGCUCCAACGCCGAUGUCGAACGUCAAUGGACCGCCGCCAUUUCUGUGCAAAACUUACGACAUGGUGGAUGAUCCGGCAACUGACGCCGUCGUUUCAUGGAGUUGUACUAAUAAUAGCUUCAUCGUUUGGAAUCCUCCUGAGUUUGGUAGAGACCUUUUGCCUAAGUAUUUUAAGCACAAUAACUUCUCCAGCUUUGUUCGUCAGCUUAACACCUAUGGCUUUAGAAAGGUGGAUCCAGACCGUUGGGAAUUUGCAAAUGAGGGAUUCUUAAGGGGCCAGAAACAUCUACUGAAGACUAUAACUCGACGAAAGCCUGCUCAUGGGAAUGUUCAUCAACAGCAACAGCAAGCACAUGCACAGACUUCUUCUGUUGGAGCUUGUGUUGAGGUUGGUAAAUUCGGGCUGGAGGAAGAGGUAGAAAGGCUUAAAAGAGACAAGAAUGUCCUUAUGCAAGAACUUGUUAGAUUGAGACAGCAGCAGCAGGCAACUGACAACCAGUUGCAAACCAUGGUACAGCGUCUGCAGGGAAUGGAGCAGCGGCAGCAGCAAAUGAUGUCAUUUUUGGCAAAAGCUGUUCAAAGUCCUGGGUUCCUGGCUCAAUUUGUACAGCAGCAAACUGAGAGCAGCAAGCGCAUAUCUGAGGCUAACAAAAAACGAAGGCUUAAGCAGGAUGGUGUUUCUGAGAGCGAUAACUCAAACUCUCCUGAUGGACAGAUUGUGAAAUACCAACCCUCAGGGAAUGACUCUGCACAAGCAAUGCUCCGGCAGCUAAGGAAAUUAGACUCAAAUUUGAACAGCAACUCUGAUAGUUUUUACAUUGGUGAUUCAUCUUCUACUAGUGUAAUGGAAAGUAAGACACCAGCAAACCGAGUAUCAGGAGUUACCCUUCAAGAGGUCCCACCAACUUCUGGACCAACUCAUGUGGACCCUACCUCUGAGAUUAAUUCUGGGGGUCCUGGUGCUGUUGUAUCUGAGAUAAAAUCAUCUCGUGUCAUUACCAGUACUGAAAGUUUUUCUACUCCCAAGCUUCCAGAAUUAAGUGGACUGUUAAGACCAGAAAUGUUACCUUCUGCUACUAAUAUGCAGACAAAUGUUGGCAUACCAGAGAUUUCGCCGUUGCCUGACAUUGUGCAGAACUCUGUUGAUACUCCUGAGGGAAAUUAUAUGUUAAGUGAGACAGCAGAUGAUGACUUUAUGGAUCUGAGAGCUGCGACGUUUGAUGGGACAUUUCCAAUUGACAUUGACAAGCUUUCUCCUGAUCCUGAUAUUGACGCUUUGCUUGAUGAGACCUCCUGGGAACAGUUUCUGGACCGUAUCCCUUGUGAAAACAUCGAACUAGAGAUGCCUAACGUUGAAAGUCUGACCGGGGAAACAGAAGUGCAGCCCUUAGAGAAUGGGUGGGACAAGCGUCAAAGAAUGGAUCAACUUACAGAACAAAUGGGUCUUCUGAACUCGGAUAAUAAAUUAGUUUGAUCACAGCCAUCUGUACAGUUAUUUCUCUUACACUCCAAGGCUCUAAAAUACAAGGGAAGGCCGAUAACGACAUAACGUAUGUGUGCUAUUUUUUCUUGAUGAACGUUUUUCUUGUUACUCUUCCAGUUCCAGAGGAAAACAGCAAUAUGUGUCUCACACAGAUAUUUUUUGGGCCUGGCGAUGGAUUCCGACGCAGCAUUCUAUAUCUUACAAGGAGCUAGCCAUCUUGUGAUAUGUUUCUGCGCACUCAAAUGUAUUUAUAUCAACAAAAAUAUGUAGAAAUAGACAAUGAAGCAUUAGGUUUUAUGAAAGAUUUCACUUGAUCUUUGAUGUCAAUUUUGCAAAAUUCUUUUGCUCUUGUUUCCAACUGUGAAUUUGUCGCAUGAGGUAGUUUAUUUUCAGCUAUGAUAUACUGAUGUGUUAGGAUUGCAGUUUAAUCCCUUAAUACCUUGUAUACCAGUACAUAUAACAGCUGGAUUUUCUUUUUAUUUUCAAAUAGAGUUUAUACC